CCCCCGAUCCCAGCCCCCGGAGAGGACUCGCAUUUCGACUUGCGGGACACUUUUGUGCGUUUCUCUCCAGAGCGCCUCUCGCGCUCGCCCCUCCUGCGCUCGCUUUCUUGCCCUCACCUCCUUGUUUCCCCCCCUUUCUCCUUCUCGUUCUCCCCUGGAGUUGUUGUUGUUGUUGUUAUACCCCCUCGCUCCUUCUCCCCCCUCUCUUUUCCUCCUUCCCCUCCCCGGGGUGUGUGGCAACUUUUCCCCUCGCUUCUCCUUCUUCGCUCUCCCCUUAUAUGUGACCAUGGCAGUGCCGGCGGCUUUGAUCCCUCCGACCCAGCUGGUCCCCCCUCAACCCCCGAUCUCCACGUCUGCUUCCUCCUCCGGCACCACCACCUCCACCUCCUCGUCGACCUCGUCUCCGGCUCCGUCCAUCGGGCCCCCGGCGUCCUCAGGGCCAACUCUGUUCCGGCCGGAGCCCAUCGCUUCGGCGGCGGCGGCGGCGGCGGCGGCGGCGGCGGCCACAGUCACCUCCACCGGCGGCGGCGGCGCGGGCAACGGAGGCGGCGGCGGCGGCGGCAGCAACUGCAACCCCAGCCUGGCGACCGCCGGCGGCGGCAGCGGCGGCGGCGGCGGCGGCAUUAGCGCCGGCGGCGGCGGCGCCUCCAGCACCCCCAUCAACGCGAGCACCGGCAGCAGCAGCAGUAGUAGUAGCAGCAGUAGCAGCAGCAGUAGCAGCAGCAGCAGCAGCAGCAGCAGCAGCAGCAGCAGCAGCAGCAGCUGCGGCCCCCUCCCCGGGAAACCCGUGUACUCGACCCCGUCCCCAGUGGAAAACACCCCUCAGAAUAAUGAGUGCAAAAUGGUGGAUCUGAGGGGGGCCAAAGUGGCUUCCUUCACGGUGGAGGGCUGCGAGCUGAUCUGCCUGCCCCAGGCUUUCGACCUGUUCCUGAAGCACUUGGUGGGGGGCUUGCACACGGUCUACACCAAGCUGAAGCGGCUGGAGAUCACGCCGGUGGUGUGCAAUGUGGAACAGGUUCGCAUCCUGAGGGGACUGGGCGCCAUCCAGCCCGGAGUGAACCGCUGCAAACUCAUCUCCAGGAAGGACUUCGAGACCCUCUACAAUGACUGCACCAACGCAAGUUCUAGACCUGGAAGGCCUCCUAAGAGGACUCAAAGUGUCACCUCCCCAGAGAACUCUCAUAUCAUGCCACAUUCUGUCCCUGGCCUCAUGUCUCCUGGGAUAAUCCCACCAACAGGUCUGACAGCAGCAGCUGCAGCAGCGGCCGCUGCUACCAACGCAGCCAUCGCCGAAGCAAUGAAGGUGAAAAAAAUCAAAUUGGAAGCCAUGAGCAACUAUCAUGCCAGUAAUAACCAACAUGGAGCAGAUUCUGAAAAUGGCGACAUGAAUUCAAGUGUUGGUAACUGUGAUGGUUCUGGGGAUAAUCAAACACUGUCCUCUUGCCCAUCACAGAGAUCUCAGGCUUCUGUUACCCACCCCCACAUGCCUGGAACUAAUAGCCUUCCACUUAGGCAACCUCUCCACCACCUUAAGCAGAGCCACCUUCUGCCAAAUUCUAUAAUGGUAUUUUUUGGACUGGAACUUCCUUUUAUGAUGAUGCCCCACCCUCUAAUUCCCGUCAGCCUACCUCCAGCGUCUGUCACCAUGGCAAUGAGCCAGAUGAACCAUCUCAGCACCAUUGCAAAUAUGGCGGCAGCAGCUCACGUUCAGAGUCCCCCUUCCAGAGUUGAGACGUCUGUUAUUAAGGAGCGAGUCCCAGACAGCCCUUCUCCUGCACCCUCUCUGGAGGAGGGCCGGAGGCCUGGCAGCCACCCAUCAUCACACCGCAGCAGCAGCGUGUCCAGCUCCCCAGCACGGACCGAGAGCUCUUCUGACAGAAUCCCUGUCCAUCAGAAUGGGUUGUCCAUGAACCAGAUGCUGAUGGGUUUAUCACCAAACGUCCUCCCUGGGCCCAAAGAGGGAGAUUUGGCUGGUCAUGAUAUGGGACAUGAAUCGAAAAGGAUGCAUAUUGAGAAAGAUGAGACCCCGCUUUCCACACCAACCGCAAGAGACAGCCUUGACAAACUUUCUCUAACUGGGCAUGGACAACCACUACCUCCAGGUUUUCCGCCUCCUUUUCUGUUUCCUGAUGGAUUGUCUUCCAUAGAGACCCUGCUGACUAACAUACAGGGGCUCUUGAAAGUUGCCAUAGAUAAUGCCAGAGCUCAAGAAAAACAAGUCCAACUGGAAAAAACAGAGCUGAAGAUGGAUUUUUUAAGGGAAAGAGAAUUAAGGGAAACACUUGAGAAGCAGUUGGCUAUGGAACAAAAGAAUAGAGCCAUAGUUCAAAAGAGGCUAAAGAAGGAGAAGAAGGCAAAGAGAAAAUUACAGGAAGCACUUGAAUUUGAGACCAAACGGCGUGAGCAAGCAGAACAAACACUAAAGCAGGCAGCUUCUACAGACAGUCUCAGGGUCUUAAAUGACUCUCUGACCCCAGAGAUAGAGGCUGACCGCAGUGGCAGCAGAACAGAUGCUGAGAGGACAAUACAAGGUAGGAAUUUGCAAAAGGCUAUAAAUCUAGAUCUUGCUAUAUGAGUUUUUCCUCAGCUUUAGCCUGCUAUUCAAGCAUGUAGCCUACCAUCUGGGCCACAUCAAAACAAGUUCAAACAAGGUCAAGUUCAUCUUGCUUGUUUAUAUGAGUGAAUUCAUUUUGUGCUGAUAGAUUUUCUUUAAAUUAACAGGUCAUUUCUGUUUAUACAAUGCAAUUAAAAAGGAAUAAUUAAUUUUAAACAAUGUAUGAUUUAAUCUUGGACAUAGUAAAUGUGUUUUAUUGAAUGCUUGAAGCCAAUCUCAUGCAGGAAAGGCUUAUAAGUUCUAUACUCUGUGAAUAAAAGCAUGGGUUAAUCAAAUAGGUAGUUCUUAAAUUUGAAAAUUUCUCCUUCUCUUUUUUGUGACAGAUACGGCAAAGUACAUGCAAAAUAGACUGGUUGAAUGUUAACAAUAAAUAAGAUUGUUUAGUCCUCUGUGGAUUUCCUGAAUGUUCUGUAUGCCAUUAUAUACAUUUUAAUAACACAAAUAUGCUGAGCAAAAUCAUAUAUAGAAUACUAAAGGGAGUUGUAUUAAACACUCAGAAGAGCUAAAUAUGUAUAUUGCCGAGACCACACUAUUAGGAAAGAACAAAAUCUGAAGGUAACAUUUAUAGUCUAACAUCUAUUCUAGGCAAUAAACUCAGUCUAACAACAUGAAUACUAAACAGUAAAAAGAAUAUUUGUUUUCUAUUUUAAAUGAAGAUGGUUCUUCAAAGGGAAGCCUAAAAUGAUUAACUGCUAUAAUCCUCCCAAUUGCUUUUAUUUUGCAUUUUAAACUCAAUCAUUUUGGGGAUAUUGUGUGACAUUAAUUGUGCUACUUAAUCAGCUACGAAUGUGCCAUUUUCGGUUUAGAGUAAAGGAAAUAUACUUUUGUAAAGUAUCAGAUAUGCAGUAAGUAAAAAUCAGAAACUUGAAGAAGCAUUCCUGAAGAAUAUUUUGGCCUAUGUUU